UGGAUUUCAUUUUAUGUACAAUUUGAAAUAAAGAAAAAUUGAAACACACAAAAUCACACAAGAACACGCUGCAAAAAAGUUAGUCAGCACAGCGUUCGCAAAAAACAUCGGGGUGCUGGUGCUGCCCGACGGCAGCACCGACACCCCAAGCCCGCGUCGUGCGAGCCGAGUGAUUCAACAGGGCCCGUGACGUCGCCCUGUGGCCCGACGGAUGAGGCCCCACCGCUGCUGCAUCGUGGCCCGGGCAGGCUGGGGCUGCGGCGAGCAGUGCCGGCGCGGACAGGUCAUCGGCAGGGGCACCCCCGGUGUGAUGGAGAGCAUAAUCCGGGGGCGCACCGCGGACGGGUGCACUGGGCUCGCCGCCAGUAGGAGGCCCGGGCCGCUGGCGAGCAAGAGGAGCGACGGCCCCUCGGCCCGAGCGACGUCCCGGUGCUCCCGUUGUUCAUGCACACGGCACGUGCCCGCUCGGCGAUGACGCCGCCGCUUGUCCGCUUAGCACUCGGCGGAGAAGCGAGGCCCGGUGCGAGGCCUCCUGCAGCGGCACCCGUUGACCUUCCGCGUAGCGCCGAGCUCGCUCCUGGCGGUGACGUCCGCGCUGGAGAGGCCGCGUGGCCUCCUGCGCCAGUGGACCACCUCGCGUCGCCGGAACAGCUCGAUGGAGUCCGCCGUUGCUCCAAGGAGCCCGGGUGCCCGAUGGAUGCUGGGCGCGCGGGCCACCGCGCUCUUCUCGCCGGCCCCGACGACGGCUGGCCGCAUGUGGUGCUCGUGGGUGGAUGACAUCUUUCGAGACGGGAGCGCUGCCCUGCAUGGCGCUGUAGAACGGGACCAUCCGCUGCGGUGGCUGCUGCUGCUCUGGCCGCUGACGUGUCCUUUCGUUCCCUUUCGUCUUUUACCACGCGGAGCGCGGGAGCACGCUAGAUCGCGUGAUCGCGCGAGAACACGAGCCCAAGCUCGUCUUUAUCAACUGGGGAUAGCCGAAAAACAAAUAUUUUUUGCAAAUUAUUUGGCAGAGAGCCCUCAGCUUUUCUUGCGAUUUAUCGCGAAAAUACGCGUUCCACGCAAAUGUUCCUUCUUGCGUUUCAUUCGUGUUAACUAGUCAAUGCAAAAACAGCCUCUCCUCCAGCCGUCAUCCUUGCGCCCGUCUUAUCCCAGCAGACACAACGAGGUAAACAAAGUGAAGGAGGAAGAAGUUACCGCAUACCGCGCCAUCAGAAAAGGGAAGGAAAACCAAACGUCGUGGUAUGUUGCAGUACUGCUUCAGGGCCAAGAUGUGAGAAAUGCCGCAAGCCCACCAGUACCCCCAGUAGUGAUCGACGCCAGCGCCAAGUACCCGACGGGGCUGUUCCAGGGCACGUGGUCCGACCUGGGUUCCUUCGACGAGUGCAUCGAGACCAUGGCCCGCGACCGGAACGGCGGCGAAGUGGCGCGCGGCCAGUACUGCAACGUCUACGUCAAGAUGGCCAAUGACACCUCAUUCUUUGACGAGAUGCUGCCUAACUUCAUCAUGGCCCACGAGCGGAAUACUUGCGACUAAGACGCCCGACUACCUUCCUAAAACCAAAGAAAACGACAACGAAGAAGAGCAUAUAAGUUGUAUAUAAACUCUCUUACGUGUACACCUUUAGCACCUUUUACACCUUUAGCACCUUUUACAUGCUACCUUUAGCACUCGUAGAGCACGGGAAAGAUAUGCUAUGAACUGAAAGGUCACCGGUUUGAAGGUGCUUGAGUUAAGCAUGCGCUACGUCAUGGCCAUGUCGCUACUGUAACUUACGCUCUCAACGUUUUUCGUGGAGCUUUAUCGCAACUCACACAUACAGUGCUCACGGAAUGAAAUGCGUCAAUUUAUGGCUAACUAAUGCGCAUACUUCAGUUUCCACCCGCAUCAGUUCGUAUCACAUUAACGUAAUUUUGGCGCGUACAUUUAGACCGGAGUCCCCGUCACCGUCGGUGUCCAGAUUCCUAUUGAGAUGACAUGGUACUUUCGAGUACUUUGCAUAUAUGCAGGGCUCUAGUAUAUGCUCCCUGUCGCGUUUCAUUCCCCGAGCACUGUAC